GUCACUGAUUGCAAUACACUUAAAUGAUCCGACAUAAUGAUAUGUCUAAACUGUAUUCUUCCCAAAAGCCGAAUCCUUAUAGUCAUCCUUAUACUCCUUAUCCGAUUCAAAUCGAGUUGAUGCAAGCAAUUUAUGACACCAUCAAUAAUGACUUCAAAAUUGGUUUAUUUGAAAGUCCAACCGGUACUGGGAAGACAUUAUCUAUCAUAUGCUCCACCAUGACUUGGCUUAGGGAUUAUAAGAAGAAUCAUGUUUUUUCGUCAACUUCAUCUUCUUCAAAUCCAGCUAUGGACGCGUCAUCGAAAGCGUCAGCUCCCUCCUCUAGAUCAUCAAGUAACUUAAAAGAGCUCAAUUUUAGUGAUUCUAGUAGUGAAGAGGAUUCCAGUGAUGAAGAACCAGAGUGGGUUAAAAAAUCUUAUGAGAAAACCGUCAUUGCUAGAACAAAGGGAAGAGCUGAAGAGUACGAAAUAUAUCUAGAUACCGUUUCUAAAAGGUAUAAAAAAAGUACAGUUCACGAUUUAUCAAGAGAUAGGACCAUGAAGAAGAUGAAAAAAUUGAAAACAGACACUGAAAAUGCCGUUGAAGAUGACUAUUUACCAGAAGAUUACUAUAGUGAUAGUGAAAACGGAUUAGUAGGGCAAGCGACGAAAGAAAAUAAUCAACUCAGCAGCGAGAUUGAAAAACUAUUAUCCAAAGUAAAUGGCUCUGGUCAAGACCAAGUAGAGCCAAUAAAUGAAUGUCCGGUAUCGAUAUACUUUUCAUCAAGAACUCACUCUCAAUUAACUCAAUUUUCACACCAAUUGAACUUAACAAAUUUCCCAUCUUCAUUAGAUAAUAUCAGUGAACGUAUUAAAUUCCUACCUCUCGGAUCAAGAAAACAGCUUUGUAUCCAUCCAAGAAUUUCGAAAAUAUCAAAUUUGAAUAACCUAAAUGAUGCCUGUGUAGAUUUACAAAAUCUGACAUCUUCUAAUUCGAAAGGUUGUGAAUAUUUACCAAAAUUAAAUAAUCCGGAUUCAAGCAGUAUCAUAAAAGAUUUCACUGAUAUGAGUUUAACUAAGAUUCAUGAUAUUGAAGAUUUGGCCCAAUUAGGAUCUGAAUUAAAGGUUUGUCCCUAUUACUCUGUUAGAAAGGGAAUUGAAUUAACCGAAAUUGUGGCAUUACCUUAUCAAAUGUUACUUCAAGAUUCAACAAGAAAGAUCUUAAAUCUAAAAAUUGAUAAUUCGAUAGUCAUUAUUGACGAAGCUCACAAUUUACUAGAUACGAUUACUGCAAUGAAUAGUUUAUCAAUUACAUCCAAUGAACUCAGUGAUAUAAUUAAAUCUUUAAAGUUUUAUCUAGCUAAAUUUCUGAAGAGAUUAAACAGUGGUAAUAGAAUAAAUAUCAUGAAGUUAAUAAAACUAUGUCAAAUUUUAAUCAAUUUCGUCAAUAAAUCAUCUCCAGUUGCUGGUAGAGAAAUAUCCACCCAGGAGAUUUUCGAUGGUAAUACUGGGGAUUUGAUCAAUGUCCAUAAAAUUGAAAAAUUUUUGAACAAAUCCAAAAUUGCUUAUAAAAUUGAAACCUAUAUGGAAAAAUUGAAAAAGCAAGAAUCGAAUAACACCACUAAGACCUCAUCUUCAUCGAAUCCAUUACUUUUCAAGAUCACCCAGUUUUUGAUGAAACUUAAUAAUCCUUCUAAAGAGGGAAAGUUUUUCUGGGACACUGCUUCAAAUACUAUUCUGAUAAAUUAUAUGUUGCUUGAUCCAAGUGAAAUUUUCAAGCCUCUAGUUACAAGAAGUAAGUGUGUGUUAUUAUGUGGGGGAACAAUGGAACCUAUGAAUGAUUAUACCGAUUAUUUAUUUCCAUAUAUUCCCAAUAAUAAAUUGAAAAAAUUCAGCUGUGAUCAUAUAAUUCCUGAUGAAAACUUAAAAGUAUUCCCUAUAACUCACUAUCAACGGACCAACUUCGAAUUUUCGUUCGACAAGAGAAACAAUCCCAGCAUGAUUGAAGCAUUGGGGAAAUGUUUGGUAGAAUUGAUUCAGAGUAUUGCCAGUGGGGUUGUGAUUUUUUUCCCAAGUUAUAAAUAUUUGAACCAAGUUCUUGACAGUUGGAAACGAGUCGGGGUUUACGAUAAAAUGAAUAAUAUGAAAACCAUAUACGAAGAGCCAACUGACUCAUCAAAUGUUGAUUCGACAUUAGCGUCAUAUUCCUCAACAAUCAAAUCUAACCACGGAGCCAUUUUAUUCUCAGUCGUUGGAGGAAAAAUGUCUGAAGGGAUUAAUUUUUCCGAUGAUCUUGCUAGGUCUGUGAUCAUGAUUGGUUUGCCAUACCCCAAUGCAUAUCUGGGAGAAAUGAUUGCCCGGAAGAAUUUCAUUAAGGAGACCACCAUUUCAAGGGGAGGAACUCCAACUGAGGCCAAUUCCAACGCCCAAAAUUUUUAUGAGAACAUAUGUAUGAGGGCCAUUAACCAAAGUGUUGGAAGGAGUAUUCGACAUUCCAAAGAUUACUCGACCAUUUAUUUAAUUGACAGCCGAUUCCAACAGGCUAGAAUUCAGAACAAACUAAGUGCUUGGGUUAAAAAACGGAUUAUUAAUAAUAAAAACUUAAAUGAAAUUCUUGAUGAAACUAAUGAAUUUUUCAAUUCAAAACUUGUAAAUAGAUCAAUCUAAUUAAGUAAUUAUUUAUUCAUUAAAAUGCAUAAGAAACAUCACUUCGAAGUACCCAUUUUUCACCUUCGCUUACCAAUUGAGCUUCGUGUUUCAAACAAUCAUCUCCAUGUUUAUGUAGCAAUGCCAUACCUUUCGUUGGAUGGAUACUCACGGGUUUGGCAUUGCGUUCAAAUUCAGGAUAGAAGAUCGUAUCACCACCUUUAAAUUCAUCGUCUCCGGUCAAAUAGAUCAACAAAGUCCAUUUGGUUGUAACUUUCGGAGUAUCCUUGUUGAAACCCUCACAAACUACCGAAUCAUCAUAAUGUUUACCAAAAUGAUGUCCUUUCCUAUACCUAUAGAUUCUCAAUUGAGGAUUCAAGCCAUGGGCGUCUUGGAAAAUAGAUUUGAUUUCAUCCAAUUCUUCAUCCUGAUACCCAGGGUCCUGUAAUAAGAUGUCUUUCAAAUACGUCCA